AUGGAUUUGCGCACGAUCAUGAACACCGACGGCGGCGCCUCCAAUCCUCCACCUCCAAGCAACUCGGCCAGUUCUCCCAUAUCCGAUCAAACCCCCCAAAAGCGCCCGAAGAAGGCCGCUUCUUACUCAGAAUAUCCUACACGUCCGCCCCAGCCUCCUUCGUUGCAGCACUCACAGCACGCUUCUCCGGAGCGAAGCUCACCUUACCCAUCUGUUCAAUCGCCAUACCAACAAUUCAACUCGGGUCCAGCUAUCAAUACAGCGGUGAGGUCUCAGCGGAGUCAGACACCUCCACACGUUUCGACACCGUAUGGUCCCGGCGCGCAUGAUCCAUUUGGCGCGCAGGCAUACGGGUCGCAACCUCAACACGGUGGUCCUCUGGUUUCGCCAUACACACCACAACCGAUGAGUGCAGGACCGCAACAUCCAGAACAACAGUCAUAUUUUGCGCAGCAGCGUUCUCAACGGCGUUCUCAAUCACUACAAUCGGUGAUGACCACACCCCGACCUCCAACCGAAUCUUUCCACAGCCCUCCUGCUGCAUCACAACCUCUUUCAUCGCAACCUAUUCCAUCGCAACCUAUCCCAUCGCAGCACUUCUCCCAAACUGCACACAGAUCUGUUCCCGGCACUCCCCUAGGUCCUCCUCCUACCUUUGCCACUCGCCAAUCGCCAUCAACUGCCCGACCGCCAUCCUCCGGACACGAUUCCCCCGGCAAUCCUCUAUCCAGCCCGAGGCCCACACAGGAGACCUCAAUACGAGAUCAGGUUUCCACACAGUCUCCUGUGACUCAGCGACAGUUCUCCCCGCAUAGUUCCCAACCCUCCGAGUCGACUCAACCCCCGUCGGGUGGCUUAAAGCAAGAGCACACCCAGAGCGCCAGUCCCCAAUCCAUCUCCCGUCACAAUAGUAUCGUCACUGUCUCUGAGUCAGCGACCGUUGGUCAAAUUCGUUCUUCCGAAGAUCGAAUGCUGGUUGAGAGUCCCAUUGCACGAAAGCCCACCGCGGAUCUCCCAGCCUCCCCAUUGGCAGCGGGCCGUCAAAUGAACAAUUCACCCUCCGGCGUUGGUGGGGACACGCACGCCGUAAAAAUGGAAGUCGACCACGAACCACGCAUUGAUACACAGCAGCCCAAGCAAAAGAGAAGGAGAUACAACGAGCCCCCGAUCUAUGCUCGGCUGACGCCCCGCAACACAAACAGACGCCCGAUCAUUCCCAACCCCCGUGCCCCAAUUCCAAAACAUGCGCGACAGAGCCAGCAGGAUCCCUCCUGGGCCGCUCGCAGACGAUCUUCCUCGAUAAUGGCGGUCACACCCGCCGCACGGGUCGCACGAGCACCUCCGGCUGCUUCGCCAAGCACAAAUAUGCCUCGCGUACAAGCUCCCCCAGUUCCGCCUGCUCCCUCACUUCGCCCGCCGAGCACUUCGCAGACGGUAGGCUCCUUGGGCCCUUGGGAGCCGUCCAUUAAUGGGUUCAUUCCACAUGAGGAGCUUACAAAAACGCUUUGUGAUUUCUUGUUUCAACAUGUGGUCAUGAGAAAUGACGUGAAUGCCGGACCGACAGGCUCGGCUGCUGCCGGCCAGGGGACCGUCGUCGAAAUUGAGGCGAAAUUGGGCCAUAUUAUCGAUUUGGACAGCAGGGACCGGAUCAACCUUCCAAUUCUAACCGAGAGCGUUCUCAACCGAGAGAAUGCACGGAUUCGGACAUCAUUCGAGAGUAAAAUGACUGUGGAACAACACCGAGCCAUGAAUAAUUUCCUGAAUGAGGCGGUGAAAGCGUCAAUGCCCCAGCCAAACUCGACUCGAAUCCCACUUGCAUACGUGCACAAGAAAGAACGUGAUACUUUCUAUGAGAUUCAAGCUGCCGAAUUGCCUCCGGUGAUCCGUCAAAAUUUGAACCCGAGGCAUAAACCCAGAGUCCGAGUGACAACCGAUGAACGAACCGGGGAGAUUCUCGCAAAAAUCGUCAAAUGUCGAGUUGCCGACAUGGACGUCUGCAGUCCACGGACGACUGUGGACUGGCGUGUCAGUGUCAAUCUUGAAAUGGAAUAUACAGGCGACGUUAGCAAUCUCCCAAUGAUAGACACGGCGGCCACAAAAGGCGGACGAGGCGAUCGUAUCAAAGAUCGCAUGAGCUACCGCCACUUGGCCUACCAGGUGGACUUGACCCAAGUAGCCAAAUCCGAUCAACAACCGGGCAGGAAUGAGUUUGAUCACGAGCUUGAAGUUGAAGUCUCGGCCGAGGAAAUUCGUCGUCAAGGCCAGCUUGCUAUGUCGGGCGAUCCCAAGAACCAGUAUGAGGACCUCGUCAAGGGAUUUGUGGAUAAUAUCCGUCUGCUGGCUCGAGCGGUGCCGCCAUGA